AUGUGUGUGGACAUCGGAAACGUGCGGGCCCUGCGGCUCCGCGACGCCAUCGACUCGCGCAUCGCAGAGGAGCAGGCCCGCCAAAAAUCAGCUCAGGAUAAUAUCUCCCGCUCCAACUCUGCACGCCGCCCGGCCAACAGUAAUCUUUCUCCGGGGCAACGAUCCCGCCCACGACGUAACACUGGAACCCCAGUCCGGGGCCCCGACCCAAAAGAGUUUGAGGCGGAAUUCGCGAUCGGCGACGAUGAGUCCAGUCGGUCGGGUACACCUCGUUUAGAGACGCCCGACCCGGCCUCCGAAGUGGCCAGUUCAGCGGGCGAUCGAACCGAGGAGACAGAGAGCCAGACAGCCCAAUCCUCGACCGAUAUGCCAGAGAAGACAACCGAUAAAGAGAAGGAGACUGCUGCACCAGGCACUGAUAUGGAGACCAACAAGUCCGCCCCCGCAGAGUUACCUACAGAGGUUAAGGCCAAGCUGCGUCGACUUGACAAGCUGGAGUCAAGAUACCAUGAACUUCUUAAAGCCUACCGUGCGGCGCAUUCUCGCGUCCUCUCCAUCGAACCGUUUGAAGCAGCACUACGCGAAAAUACCCCUCUUACCUCGAUCGGCGAGCCCAAAGCCUUGACCGAGUAUCUCAACCAGAUGUCACUGAAAUCCGACAUGGUCAUGGACGAGAUGAAGCGAGUAGCGAUCGAACGAGACGACUACAAAAAGAAACUGGACGAGGCUCAAAAGUCCACAAAGGAGGCAUGGGAUGAAGUCGCGGGUCUUAAAGAGACAGUUAAGGAAGCUGCGUCCGAAGAGAAGAAAUCGCCCGACGAGAAGCAAGAAACGAGCGAGGAGUUCUUUUCCUACGACAAUGAGGUUCCUCGGCUGGAAGGCGAAUUGAAAGAAAAGCAGGAAGAGGUCGAUAGCCUCAAGUUGGAAGUCGAGAAACUUAAGACGGAUCUUUCUGUUACAAGAGAGUCUACCGAGGGUAUGGUGCAAAACUUGGAAUCGGCCACCCGAGAACUGGUGGAAUUGCGAGACACCAAGGAUAAGCUGGAUGCCGAAAUCGAAGGUUUGAAGACUUCGAAGCAGGGCGAGGUCGACGAACUCAAAGCGAAACUUGCGUCCGUCGAGUCCUCUCUCGAAAGCACCACCGUCGAGGUCGGGAAGCUGAAGAAAGACCUAAAGGACAAGAGCGAUGAGAUUGAGAAGCUUCAAGCUCAGGCCUCUGAUCCUGACACUGUGGAGAAGGCCGAGGACAAGUCGGAACUGAUUUCACAGCUAGAGGAGGCCAACAAAGCCAAGGAAACAAGCGAGAAGCGUCUCGGCGUCCUGCAGGGUCUAGUCGACGCCGUUAAGACACAGCUCAAGGAUACUGAAGCCACCGUGUUAACCCUCAAGGAUGACAUCACUCAGAAGACCGAAAGUUGCGCCAAGCUUCAAAAGAUCAUCGACUUUGUGGAUACCAACCUGCAAGAUAACGAAGCCUGGCAGUCUUCCAAGGAAAAAGUGGUUGCUGGAGAGACUGCCGAUUUCGAGGAUAUCCGCAAGAGCCUAGCCCCCGCUGAGAAGGCCGUUGAGCCUAGUCCAGCUGCCCCCGAAGAAGACUCGCAACCCGCCACUGCAGCACAAUCUGCUGGUGUAGGGGGAGGAGGCAAGAAGAAGAAUAAAAAGAAGAAGAAGGGCGGAAAGGCGGCUGAGGAACAAUCUAAGCCGUCCGAGGCUACUCCUGAGCAGCCCCUGAAGGCAGAGCCAGCUACAUCCCCAGCUACGUCGACUGCGGAACUAGAAGAGCUAAAGCAAAAAAUUGAAUCUCUCACUAAGCAACUCUCCGACAAAGAGGCCGCCAUCGACAGGCUUAAUGCCAAGCUCAAGGGAGAGGAAGAUCUGAAGGAAGAAAUCGAGUCUUUGCGCGAUGAUAUUGUCAAUGUUGGCCAGGAGCAUGUCGAGGCUAAGGACAAGAUCAAAGAGCUUACUGCUCAGAAGUCUGCUCUGGAGGAGACCAUCGGCAAGCUAGAGAAGGAACUAGUUGAUCUUCGCACCAACAGUGCCUUGAACUCCGCUGACUCGGAGAAAAUGCACACGUCCCUCAAAGAGGAGUUUGAGGGUCUCAAGGUCCGGGCAGCCACCCUGGAGACAGAUCUUUCGGCCGCUCAGCAGCUGGCUACCACUCGGUUUAAGGACCUGACUGACCUACGCGAAACCCUCCAAAAGGUUCAACCCGAGUUGCGCAAACUUCGGGAUGAAUCUUCUGAGCUGAAGACGUUGAAGGAAACUCUUACUAGUAAAGACAAGGAGCUGAGAGCUCUUGAGUCUAAGCACGAGGAUUUGCGCGCAGAACUGAAGACGGCUAAGACCAAAAUCUCUGAACGUGACACUGAGGUGAACACUUUAAACAAGAAAGUCCGCCAAGAGACUGAUAGUCGUCUCAAAGCCGAGGAGAGUCUUAAUGUCGCUCAAUCUGAUCUCCGAUCUGCUGAAUCAAGAAAGCAGGAUGCUAUCAAUGCUAAGGAUAAGACUUUAGGUGAUCUUACUAAGAGUCAAAACAACCUGAAGAGCUCUCGCACCAGGAUUCGUGAACUGGAUGAACAAAUCUCCCAGCUUAAUAAGGACCUUGGAGGUCUCCGAGAAGAGAUUAGUCUGAAGACGGCACAGCACACCAGUGCACAGAGUCUGAUGAAUAACAUGCGUGACCAGACCGCCGAGAUGGCUAUGCAGAUGAAGGAAGCUCGCGAAAGAUGCGAUAGCCUAGAGGAGGAGCUUGCUGAAGCGCAUCGUCUUCUGACCGAACGUACCCGUGAGGGUGAGACGAUGCGUCGCCUCCUCAACGAUAGCGAGAGUCGUGCGGAGGCUAAGGUUCGAGACCUCAAGGAACGCAUGGAGGCCGCUGUUGAAGAACGAGACCGUGCUGAAGACGAGGCCAGUACCCAAGGCCGGCGUCGUGCGCGGGAGAUGGAAGAGUUGAAAGCCAAGGUGCGAGACGCUGAACGGGCUUUGCGCACUGUCGAAGAAGACAAGGAGGAGCUCGAGCACUCUCAGAAGGACUGGCGCCGUCGUCGCGACGAACUGGAGCUCCUUGCGGAGCGGUCAACCCAAGAGGUUGAGGAAAUAAGGCAAGCCAUGGCUGGCCUACGGGAAGCCUUGGACGAAAGCGAGAAACAGGUUCGCAGUCUGGAGAAGGACAAGGCCGAGCUUCGUCGCUCCGUCGAAGAAUCGAACAACCGGCUUGAGAAAUUACGCAAAUCUCACAAGACUUUGGGUGAAGAUGUUCGCCUUCGUGGACUGGAGUCUGGUCGUCAAUCCUCACGGUCAUCGAUUGAUUCCGGUUCUAGGCGUGGUCCCCUCUCCCCGUCCCCUCAAGACCGCAGCGCAUCGACUCGCCGGAGCGAGACUCCUUCUGCCGGGCCAAAUACCCAGUCAAUUGAUUACAUGUAUUUGAAGAACGUCUUGCUACAAUUCCUGGAGCAGAAAGACAAGACUUAUCAGAAGCAGUUGAUCCCUGUUCUAGGGAUGUUGCUCCACUUUGAUCGAACGGAUGAACAAAAAUGGAUGUCUGCCAUCAUGUCGAAGUAA